AUUAAGAUUGGGACGGAUUUAAUCUUCUUUUUCUUUCUUUUUUUAAAGAUUCCAUCUUUGAAAAAGUUUUUGCCCCGAGCGGGUAAACUCUCUCCUUUGCUUCCAUCAAAAAUGUAGCGGUAUCGCGCGAGUUUCGCAUGUACGCGCGAAUACAAUUUAGUUCUAUUAACAAUUACGCAAUUAUUAGACCGCUGUAAAACUGUCCGUUGUGGUAUCCGUUUCUUUUUCUUUUUUUUUUUUUCUUUUCUUCUUUUAAGCUACGUCGUAAUAUACAUGGUAUAUUAUAAAUCGUUAAAGCCAGUCUCGUUCGAGAUUUUAAGCCGUAAAAGCCUUGUUUCGUUUCGGGAAGGAACGAAGAACGAAGCUUUGCUCGAUUAAGAGAUUUAAACUAUUAAACGAUUCUUGUCCUCUUGCCUUCCGUCUGUUAAACGCACAGUUCGAGACGAAUGAUAAUUUGAUCCACGAUGACACGUCACGCUCGUACAUGUUUCAAACGUUCGGCACCGCUGACGAUGUACGUAGUGGUCGUGUGCUACCUCGCUCCGUGGGUAUCGCACGGAGUGUCCGGAGUGAAAAACAUCACCUACGGGGUAGCGAGACACCUUAGAUCUAUUGGAUUUCCCGAGGGCAGCGGCACAGGGAUAUUCUUCGCCGUUGGAGUGCCCAUUGAUAUUCCCGACAAAUCGGUGCUAUUUUCUCUGUAUUUCGAAGCGAAUUACGUGCUCCCAGGGGAGUGGAACUCCAAUUAUUAUUGGGACGAGUCGAAUCACGAAAAACGAAGUCUGGAUCGAAGGCUGGCUUAUGAUAUUCUUAUUAGCAAAUUGGAAAGUUUCGGUUAUUCCGGGGAAAAUUGUCUGCAAAAAAUGAUCUGCGAAGUUGCCAACUUUCCUCUAACUAAUAAUGGUGUGCUUGGCGAAGUCCUGCAAAUUUUAUUUACGCCAUCCUCUUCGCAAGAUGAAAAUCUUCCGAGCGAGAUCACCGAGGCUGAGUACGCGAAAGAUUGCAAUAACCGCUAUAAAAAAUGCCCUCAAAGUCCAUUAGCCUUGAUAAGGUAUCACGAUCUCAACGAUAAUAGUUAAAAAAGCCACGGUUAUUAAACGCAAUCUUCAUAAUUCGGUACGGUUCGUGGCCUGUCGUCCGAUAAUGAGUCUCGUAAAAAAACAAGAUUCUUACAUCUCUAAGAUAAAUAAUAUUUAUCAACAUCGAACGAUACAUACCACUUUUUUUGUACAACAAUAUCGUAAUAUUUAUUAAAUCGAAAAUACAUGCGUCUUUCCUCUCGUUACGUAUUCGCACGAUUCGUUUUUCAAUUUAAGGAACAUUUCGACAUUUCUUUAAUAAAAGCUCCAACCGAAUAUUCGCGAGACAUAUACGAAGGCUGUUCAUUAAAAAAAAAAAAGAGCGACGCAAUUUAUAAUUCUUUCUUAUAUAUGUAUAAAAAAUGAAGUGUUUAAAUUAUAAUUGUGACAACGAUGAGAGAUUGAAAAUGAUCGAAGUAAAAAUACUUAAGAACUAUGGAAGAAGAAUAUUAUCGAAACCGCUUCUUUUUGAAAAAAAAAAAAAAAAUAUGUAGAUAUACGCGAAGCACGUUGUUAUAUAAAGAAAAAAAUAAAAUUUCUUGAAUAUUAUGUACAAAGAUAUAUGUAUGUGUGCGUACACAGCUUGUUUAAAGUAAUUUCAUCACGAUGAUAUAAAAUUAAACGACGUUCAACGUCUCGCAAAAUUAAUAAUAAAAAAAAAAUCCUGAUAAAUAUUAAUAAGUUCAAUCACUCUAUUUACAAUAUUUUUCAUUGUAACAGUGUAAGGAUCAAUAUCUUAGAUUUGUAGACACAGAGUAAUGCCAGCGAAACGAAAAUUUAGCCAAUAUUUAGUUUUCUUCUAAAUUGAUUAAAUGCAUUCUAUUGUGGAUUAUUGUAAUUUCUAAAGCUAAAAUUUUCGUUGUCAGAUCGUAAAUACCUGUGUCGAUUGAUUUAACUGGAACAUAAACAUAAUUAUCGAAUCCACAUUUUUAAAACUGCACCGGGCUUCUUUUACAAUGCAUUUCUUAAAUAAUUCUUAAAUAAUUUCUAAUAAGUAUUAUUUUUAAUUCUCUUCGAGUUUCUUCAUCAAAAUCGGCAAAGUUCGCUCUUCAUCCCUCGUUUUUCUAUGCUGAAGAUAGUGAGACACAUUUUCGUAUACCACAAAUGUGAUCACGGUCGCUGGAGUCACCCUGGUCAGGUUCGCAGACAGACCCUUGUAAAAUCCAUUCCCACCUUCAAACCUGCAAUUAACCACCAGCAAUACUGUUUUGUUAACUGCUUCCUUUUUCCUUUUCAUCAUAAUUGCGUGGCAAUUUCUGGAUUAAAUAGCACGUUCUCAUUCGCACUAUGAACCGGCGUACGAUUCUUGUCGUGAUUUAUCGAUCAAAGCGUUUAUUUUCUUUUAAAUGCAAAUCGUACGUCACGAAAAUUGUAAACGAUAAUCGUAAUAAUUACGAUACCGUUAAUAAACGUUAACGCAUACUUUUUUUCUCAUUUUGAAUUCAAUCUCUGUUGAAUCUCUCUAUUCAACGAUGAUCCUUAAUUAUCAUAGAUUUUUCGACAAGUGUGAAUUAUCUUGAUAAAAAAAAUCUCAUCCAAUUAAACAUGUGCGAUUAAAAAAAUGGAUAAAGGUAUUUCUUAAAAUCAAGACAAUUCCAAUUCUACAUGGUUUAUUUCUUAUUCAGAUAAUUUCACCUCGAUGAUAUGUUGUAGGUGUACAUACAACGUCAUAAAUUAUACACGUAAUACGUCCAAAAAUCGUACCGCUGGUGGUUUAAUAAAUCCGUCUAAUCGCAAUUACAUUCCACGAUGAUUCACAUCCAUUCAACACACAUCUAAACACACAAGUAAACACAAUGCUCUCUUACAUAUUGUACGUGCGUUAUUAAUAACUGUGGUCCCGCCACAGUAAUUAAUUCGUAGUGAAAGGGGAACAAAGAAGAGGCGAUCAGCUGAUCGUACGAGACAAUCAUCCGAUUCGAAGAAAAAUAUUUAAAUAAUAAUUGAUAGAAAAUCAGUGUACAUCUCACGCGAGAUCCCUAAAUCGUUAAUCGAUAAAUAUUUUUCUUCCAUCAAGCUCCAUAAACUUUACGCACAAUCAUCAAGCUUUGCGCUUACUAUUGCGGGAAAGAAAGAGCAUCUAAAUAAUCCAGUAGCUAAUUUAUACUGUAAAACAAUUAAGUUUCCAUUAAUGUUUAUUAAGUCACUUAUAGUUUUUAAGUAAUAAGUCCCAUUGUGGAAACAUAUAUAUAUAAAUAAAUUGUAUCUAUUGUUUGAAAAUUGCAAUGACAUUCAAUUUUAUUGCUAUAUCCUUAAUUAUACCGAGUACCAGACUCUACGGCGAACUUUGCAACAUUCAUCUAUUGAUUUCUCAAAAUGAGGUAAUUAUUCAUUGCAUACAGAAAUAUAAUAUAGGUAACAAUUAAAUUGUAAAUAAUUAUUACAUUCCUACGCACAUCUUCAUUUCGAUUAUUUUUAUUAGGGACUUGCAGCAUUAUUACGAAUUGUAAAUCACGCAAAAUCCAUUUUGUCUAUUUCGCAUAAAAAGAAAUAAAUUGCAACUAUUGCGCGAAUAGCAGUUGCAAUUUUAUAUUUGUGUGUAAUGUUUUGUAUCUUUCGCCAGUUACAGUUAUACAAUACACUACAAAUGUUUUAAAAUAAAACCAUUCUUAAUUCAGUUACAAAUAAUAUUAAUUUAUGAUAAGUAAGACUAUUAAAGUGUAAUUUCAUGUUUAAAAAAAAA